ACCACGUGACUCAUUUAAACCUUUAUAAAGCCACAGACUGGCCUUGUGUGAAAAAGCGCUCGAACUUCUGAAAGACUAGCAGAAUCAAGACUAAACAAAGCUUCGACUUUGUGAUUGGACUUUUAUUGAUAGCAUUGAAUUUCUUUGAAGAAAAUGGACAGGAGAGAGUUGAGAAACUACGUGGAUAUGCCACAUUUCCACCCUGAGAAAAACGUCAUUAGUGGGGUAGAUGUUUACAAAAACGGACGAAUUCGACAUGAAAUCAAACACGAUCUGGAGCACAAGACAACCCCCGCUCCCCCACCACUGAGGAUCAGGUCAUUUAGCAUGGGAUCUGAGGGCGAGCCCGCCUCACCAGUUGUUGGAUCCCCCAUUUCAAGUUCUGGAUCCCCAUUAUCAAGCACUGGAUCCCCAUCUUCGUUCUCGGGAGGAUUUUUGACAAAAGCGUUUCAAGUGGACACGAAGCAUACCACAGGAGAACAUUUGAAACAUGAAUUAGAUUUCAAAUGGCAGUAGGUACUGGUUUUAUUGGAUUUCCUGUCAACGAUCUCAUUUUGUUCGAUUAAAUCUCAUGUACAUUUAGUCACCCUACAGCUUGUGCAAUAAAGACUCCCCUUUAAUUUUAUUAAGUAUUAUGUGAGUGAUAUGUAAAAGUUAGUGAAUAUGAGUAUUUUUUAUGGAUGGGGUUUAUUUCUUGGAGGUCUGAAAUUGCAUGUAAACAAUCGUUUUCUGAAAGGGAACUUUUUUUGUCAUUCUUACAUUUUUUACUACUCAAUUAUAAUUACCUUUGUAUUUUAAGAUUUAUUAGAUAUUUUGUACACUUUGUUUUUUUAAUAAAUUUACAAUAAAA